GUCCGAGCAGCAAGGGAGGCUUCUGGGCUGGCUUCUGAGGAGAUGGACCCGCUCAGCUUUCUCUUCCUGCUGCCGCUGGUGGCCGGCUUGGACUUCAGCUACCAUCACACGAAGGAGUUGGAAGCUUUUCUGAAGGACGUGCACAGGAGUUACGCUUCCAUCACGCACUUGUAUAGCAUUGGCAAGUCCGUGGAAGGUAGAGACCUGUGGGUUCUUGCUCUGGGAAGGUUUCCAACCCAACAUAAGAUUGGCAUACCAGAGUUCAAGUAUGUUGGUAAUAUGCAUGGGGAUGAGGCAGUCGGACGGGAGCUACUGCUCCAUUUGAUAGACUUUUUGGUGACCUAUUAUCAACACGAUCCAGUCAUUACAAGUCUCAUUGACAGCACCAGGAUACACAUCAUGCCUUCAAUGAACCCUGAUGGAUUUGAAGCAACGAAACAGUUUGACUGUUUCCCCCCAGAAGGCAGGUGGAAUGCUAAUCUGAAAGAUCUGAACAGGAACUUUCCCGAUGCCUUUGUCGAGAAUAAUGCCAUAGUGCAACCGGAGACUCAAGCAGUGAUGGAUUGGAUAAAAAAGGAGACGUUUGUCCUCUCUGCUAAUCUGCAUGGUGGAUCAUUAGUUGCGAGCUACCCUUUUGAUAAUGGCAAUUCAGUUACAUUUAUGUCACCUCGCUUUAGCAAAACUCUGGAUGAUGAUGUCUUUGUGCACCUUGCAAGCACAUAUGCUAGAAACCAUGCCGCUAUGUCUAAAGGGACUUCAUGUGGCUAUGGAGAUGAAUUUCCAAAUGGCAUUACAAAUGGGUAUGCAUGGUACAAGCUGCAAGGUGGGAUGCAGGAUUAUAACUACAUCUGGGGACAGUGCUUUGAAAUUACGUUGGAAUUAUCCUGUUGUAAAUAUCCACCAAAAGAAAAACUUCCAUCCUUCUGGAAUGCCAAUAAAAUCGCUUUGGUUGAAUAUAUAAAACAAGUUCAUCUAGGUGUUAAAGGCCGUGUUUUGGAUAACAAUAGAGUACCUAUCGCAGAUGCAAUAGUUGAGGUUACAGGAAGAAGGCACAUAUGUCCUUAUAAAACCAACAGAAAUGGAGAAUACUAUCUUCUCCUCCUGCCUGGAACCUACACAUUUAAUGCAACAGUACCUGGAUAUAUGUCAUUGCUACAGGAAAUGUUUGUACCAAACAGCACAGAAAAAUUCAGUGCCUCGACGCAUGACUUCAUUUUCCCCGGCGUACCUACCAAAGCAAUGUCUGUUUCGUGCCCAACAAAGCCGUUUUAUUCUCCAAAUACAUCAACCACAGUGAAGCCGAUUAACUCCCUGUUUUUAAUUAAUAUUUUAUAUGUAGUGUUCAGGUGAUGUAUGCUUUUGAAAGUACAUGAACAAAGUUUGUCUAUACCUGACUAUGUAAGAUGUAAAAAUGGGCUGGACAAUAUUCCCUAGCAAUAACUAUUGGCUAUUUCAAUGGAAUGUUAUAUAGCCUACAUCACUUUUUGAAGUGGAGGGAAAGUCAAUGUGUGUGCUCAAGCCAAACUAGUUACAGGAUUAUUAACUUUUCAGUAGUUAUGUUACAUAGGGUGACCAUAUGAAAAG